AUGGUUGAUCCGAUCGGCCUUGUAGGCACUCUCAUGGGCAUCGUCCAGGUAUGUGGUAAGUUGAUGUCUAUAUGCUAUGAUUACCGCAUGGGCGUCCGGGAUGCGCCCAGAGAUAUCUCUCGGAUUCUGGACGAGGUCGUCAGUGUUGGGAGCAUCGCACAGCAACUGGUGAAGGUCAUUGAGUCCGACAGUGCCCCGUCUCUAUCGUCUUUACAGGCGAUGGGUGGGGAUGAUGGCACUCUCCGCAGGUGCUUGGUCGAAUUGCAGGACCUGACAGCAAGUUUGAAAUUGGGGAAAGUCUCCAGUUCGAGGCGUACUCUGGCGUGGCCGUUGCCACGCGCAGACGCGGGAAAAAGAUUACAAGUCCUUGCGGCUAUCAAGAGCACGCUGCAAUUAGCAUUGGCCGCUGAUAAUACUUCGUCCAGCCAAAACAUUAUGGAAGUAUCAAACCUCACCCGGUUGUUGCCGAGUGUUGACAAAAAGAUUACUAGACUCUCAGAGAGUGUGGCUCAAUCUGACGAGAAUCUACUCGCUGAGCUUCUCAACCAGCUGGGUGGAGGCAGCCAAUCAGCCAAGCAAAAGCAAGAGUACCGAAAAUGUGCUCCAGCUACUGGUGACUGGCUAUUGAACACAGCGCAAUACAUGAAAUGGAAGACCAAUCCCAACAAAAUCUUGUGGAUCCAGGGAGCUGCUGGCUGUGGUAAAACCGUCCUAUGUGCGAGGAUUAUCAAGGAUCUUCAGGACUACGGUGGUGGAGAGCAAAGUAGCAGCCUCUGUUAUUUUUUCAUGGAUGCAUCGGAAGAAAGAGGAGUCGACAUCAACCGCGUGUAUGGAUCCUUUAUCAGGCAGCUGAUUCAUCAAGGGGCAACCAUUCCUCGCUAUCUCCCGAGAAGGAGGAGGAUGUAUGGCAGUCUAUGCGGCGAACAGCAGUCAGUUUCAUUGAAAGAGCUAGUGGAUGUCCUCUUAUUGCAAUUUGAGCAUAAUUACAUUGUUCUCGAUGGUCUCGACGAAUGCGAAGAAUACCUCCAGGACGGAUUUUCUGGGAUUACGGAACUCAUCAAGAAGAUGAUGAAGCAGACAAAAGGCCAACGGCAUUUGAUUGUGCUUGGCCGAAACUUGGAGCAGCUUCGAAAUGCUUUCAAAAGUCUUAAAACCUCCACCGUUACGAUUGACAGCUCAACAGUGAAUCUUGAUAUGCAGACAGCACUGCGACACCAAUUUUCGCAUCAGGCCAAAUUUGCCCGGUGGCCAAUGUCGCUGAAGAAAAAGAUUGAGCAGUCUCUCUUGGUCCAAGCCAAUGGAUCAUUCCGUUUGAUGGACUGCCAGCUGCAGACACUGCGACGGUGUGCGACACCACAGGCGGUACAAAAAGCUCUCAAGGAUCUACCAAAGUCACUGGAGGAACACUACUUCAUGGCGAUUAGCAAGAUAGAUGAGAGCAACCGCAUGUCUGUGAAGAACCUCCUACGCUGGGUAGCCUUUGCUCUUCGGCCGCUAUCUCUCGAUGAGGUCACAAGUGCCAUAGCUAUUAAUGUCGAUCGUGAACAUACUCCUUGCAUUGACGAGGAUUUAGAACUUCUCGACCCAGAAAGCUUUAUUGAUUCCUGCUCCAGUCUUGUCUCGACUUACUGCGAUGGGGACGAAACGAAAGGCACCCAGGAUGUGUAUAUCAAACUAGCCCAUUUCACCGUUCGGGAGUUCCUCACUUCUGACGCAAUCUUGGGAGGCACAUGCUCCGACUUCUUUAUGGAUAUCAGAUUGUCUCAUGCGUUCCUGGCUAGCUGUAGCCUUGCGUACUUUCACCAUGCGGUUCAGUCUGCUGCCGGCGACCUCUGGAUUUAUCAUCCGCUGGCACGCUAUGCAGGGCACUUUUGGUAUGAGCAUAAGGAACUUUCUCAAGGCGCUUGGCAAUCCUUUGAACUAGAGUCUAUCUUACUCGAUCUGUUUGACGAAGAUGGGCCUUAUUUUAGGCUAUGGACCAAAGUGGCAAAUGUUGACCGACCAUGGCUGCCGGAUGAAUUGAGCGAUACCAAUGACAGUACAGCACUAUAUUACUCUUCCUACUGUGGUUUGACACGGGUGGUGAAAGCAGUUCUCGACAAAGGUGCAUCGCCAAAUGUCUCCGGCGGCUUGUACUACCGUCCAUUACAAGCAGCCGCAUGCAUGGGCCACCUGGAAAUAGUGCAAUUACUGAUAGAGGCAACUGCCGAAGUCAAUGCAAAAGGCGGUGCUCUGAGUACGGCGCUUGGUGCAGCAGCUGCCCAAGGUCAUUUAGAUGUUGCUGUCACGUUGCUAGAAGCUGGUGCCAAUGUCAACUACCCGAAUCCAAGGGUUUUCAGGGCCAAAGACGAAGCAUUAAGAUACGCAGCUCGGGCAGGUGACGAGAAGCUCGUGCGACAAUACCUAGACGAGGGCCUCAGCGUCGACAGCCACGCGCAAGUCUCGGAUCACCCAAUAGCGCUUCAAUCGGCGAUAAUAGGCGGUCAUACUGCGAUUGUGCAUGAGCUGCUAUCUCGCGGAGCAGAUCCUAACUUGGAGUCUAGCUUUUCGACUCCUUUGAGAGCUGUGGUAGAAGCAGGGAAUUUCAUACUCGCCCAAGUCUUGAUCAAUGCAGGCGCAAGAGUGGAUGCCCAUCGGUCUCUACGAAGCGCCCUAUCUCAAAGAAGGAAAGAUCUCGCCAACGAUCGAGAGAUAGCCGAACUCUUGAUGCGACAUGGCGCAAUGGUCACACCGAGUUCGCCCGACACAGUCGGCACACCUCUCUUGUACGCGGUACGAGAUCAAAAUUCCGACCUUAUCAAUGCACUACUGGACAGAGGUGCCGAUCCAAAUCAGAGAGGCACAAUCGUAGAGGAGGGAAAACCAUCGUUUCCCCUCCUCAUUGCAGCAGAAAAUGGUAACCCCGAAAUUAUUGACUCGCUCUUAAGAGCGGGUUCAAUAUUAGAUGAUCAGGACUCUGAAGGCUUCAGUGCUUUGCAUGUUGCGGCGGCCUGUCGCACAUCGGACGGGCUCAAGUCACUUCUCCAUAAACACGGUGCGAACAUGAAUAUGAGGCUCUUGAACGGCAGUUUACCAAUCCACUCCGCUGCAUCAAGGGGUACUCCGGAAAACCUUGGGAUAUUACUCGAUGCUGGCGCGGACAUCAACGCUAUUAACGACUAUGGUCGCACGCCCUUGCAUUGCGCAGCAGACAAUGGCAACUGGGAGAUGAUCGAAGCUCUCCUGGAACGAGGAGCUCUGGCGAAUGUGAAGUCUCAAGAUGACGGAGCCAACACCCCGGUGGACAUGGCUUAUUUGGCAAAGCGCGAAUCAGUCUGGGCUUCUAUGACUUUCUCGGCUGACUGGGACGACGAGAGGAUAGAGAGGUUGUUGCAGAGACUGAAAGAAGCGUCAUAUUGA